GGGGAUCGAAUAAAAGCGCGCCCAGACGCUGUUUCCAGCCGCACAUUCCCCUCAGACCCCCUUAAUCUUCUGACUUUCGCGGCCCCCGCGCUUGUCCUUCACCUCCUCCUACCCCUCGCACCCCCCUCGCAAGCCCAGUAUCGCCAUGUGUUUCCGGUGCUUUAGCAGCAAGAAACAGGGGAAGAACUUUGAAGACGGUUCCGCGCCUAAACAAAACAAGCCGGCAGAGGAUAAAAAGGCGGCGCCAGCGGUCGAUCCGUCCCCAGCAUCCUCAUCCACAGCCAAGUCAGCCACCAUGUCUUCGCCCAAGGUCGCCAUCGUUAUCUACUCCAUGUACGGGCACAUCGCCAAGAUGGCCGAGACGGUCAAGGCGGGUGUCGAGUCUGCGGGUGGGCAGGCGACGAUCUUCCAGAUCCCCGAGACGCUCCCCGAGAACGUCCUUCAGCUCCUCCACGCCCCGCCCAAGCCCGACUACCCCAUCAUCGACGCCGCCACCCUCGCCACCUUCGAUGCCUUCCUCUUCGGCAUCCCCACCCGCUACGGCAACUUCCCCGGCCAGUGGAAGGCCUUCUGGGACACGACCGGCCAGCUCUGGGCGUCCGGCGCGCUCUCGGGCAAGUUCGUCAGCGUCUUCGUGUCCACGGGCACCCCCGGCGGCGGGCAGGAGGUCACCGUCGCGAACGCCAUGUCGACCUUCGUCCACCACGGCAUGAUCUUCGUGCCCCUCGGCUACGCGCAGACCUUCGCGCAGCUCACCAACCUCAACGAGGUCCACGGCGGCUCCCCCUGGGGCGCCGGUACCUACGCUGGCGGCGACGGCUCGCGCCAGCCCUCCGCGCUCGAGCUCGAGAUCGCCAAGAUCCAGGGCAAGCAGUUCUGGGAGAUCGUCUCCAAGUACAAGUUCUAGACGUGCUUGAACUCCUCGUACUUGCAUGAACUCUUCGUCACGUAUGGAUUUUGUAUAUAAUAGGAUGUACGCUGUAUGUACGUUAAUAACUCUCUGAUGAUCCUCUCA